GUACACUCAGUGCUGUUGAAGCUGGCUGCCAAGACUGAGAAAAGCUCUUCUAUUGUCGGCAUUGCCAACGCAGCGACCACGCUAGGGAGUGUCCAGUCGGAAAUCGGCAAGGUUCAAACAAAACUCUCUAAGAAGCAAAAACGUUCAAUCAAACAGCUUGUUCUAAAGUUGCUCGAUUCUUUUCAAGCUGAUGCCCAAGCUCGAUUACAGCAACAACAAAAAGGUGAAUCAGCACAACGUCCAGUGCGAAAUCUGCAUCCAUACAUUGUAGAGAUUGUUUUGAUUCGACUCCUUACUCAAACCUUGAGAUCUUCUUGA